AUGGCCGCCUCUGGCAAUUCAACGAAUUACCAAGAGCAUAUGGAGCUCGGUGACCAGACUGUCAUCCAGUCACUUGUUUGCGACAAGUGCUGGAAAACACUAUUCGACUUCAAAGGGUUCCAGCAGGCGUGGGAAUCAAAUGGCUCAACCGAGAGGCUUCAUGGCGGGUUCACGUAUAGUACGGCCUGGAGUCAACUGACGCAGUCAUCCAGCGCCGGCUGCGCCUGGUGCAGGCUCCUCAUCGCGGAGAUUCCCGAGUAUCAUUCUUUCGUUACUGGGAAUGCGUCCCCAAGCCCUCAGCAGGUAUUUAAAGUCAAAGUGCGGUUCAAGCCUUCAGGCGAGGGGAGUUUGCCGGCAAGCCUGACCGAUCGCAACACCCUUGUUGUGGAGAUUGAGGACUCGUAUGUCCAGUUUUACGAAAUUCACACUACUAUCGGCUCAAUUACAGAGUGCGUGGGCGCUCGCCAUCCGCUUUGCCCAAGCUUGCGGGCUUCAGAUACCGCCCUUCCAACUCGAGUCAUUGACUGUGCCGAUACAGCAAAGCCGAAGGUGUAUGCUACUGCAAAUGCUCUUGGGGUCUAUGUUGCUCUAAGCUAUGUAUGGGGAGAGAACCAACCGUAUCGAACACAGACCAGUAACAUUGAAAUGUACAAAGAGGGGAUUGAUCUUGAUCAAAUACCGCAGACCAUCAGAGACGCAAUUCAGGCAACGCAGCUCCUUGGAUUCCGAUACCUUUGGGUUGAUAGCCUCUGUAUCAUUCAGGACUCCAAGGAAGAUAAAAAUCGAGAAAUACCACAAAUCCGCAAGACAUUCCAGAAUGCAGUGGCGACAAUCAUUGCGGCGAGCUCGUGCAAGGUCAGCGACGGCUUCCUGCAGGAUCGACCAGCGCCUCCUCCGGCUAUCCGUUUGCCAUUUCUGUGUCCUGAUAGCAGCCUUGGUAGUAUGUGGAUUCGUGGUGCUACUCAUAAUCCACCGGAGGCCGUUGAUACUCGGGCAUGGUGUUACGAAGAACGACUCCUUUCUCCUCGCGUGCUGGUGUUUGCAUCUAAUACCGUGCGGUAUGAAUGUCGCACCCAGCUGGUAAACGUUGGGCAUUCCAAUCGUGCGCUGUUCAGUUUCAGUGACAGAUUACCGGAGAGCUUGGCGCGGCCUGUUCAACCAACGCCAGUUACAACAGCAGAUGUUAUUCAGCUUACCGGCGCCUGGGAUUCGAUAGUUGCGGAGUAUACCAAGAGAGAUUUAACGCACCCGAGAGACAAGCUCAUUGCAUUUUAUGGGAUUUCAGAGACAUUUCAGCAGGCAUGGAAGAACAGCAAAUAUCUAGCUGGUCUGUGGAGCCACAGAUUGCUCGAAGAACUCUUAUGGAUGAAGACUUCGCCGCCGCGAUAUCCACGACCCGAGAAAUUUCGUGCCCCGUCGUGGUCGUGGGCAGCAAUAGACGGGCCAGUUGUUCCAGGAUAUUCUCUUCAGGCAUUCAACGAAGAUGAUCCAGAAUGUGAGAUUCUCGAGUGUGACGUGACUCUGAAAAAUACGGCUCUGCCAUUUGGCGAAGUUACGGGAGGAUUUCUUCGACUCAGCGCUGCGGUGAAUGAGGUGAUGUGGGAUCCGCUCGAAGGAAAAAUAUUCAUGCCGACCACCACCGAAGCUUCGAAUGAGGAGAAGUAUCAGGAUAGAGGUCGAGGCGAGUACUUGGGAAUCUGUGAGGCGGAUUGCGAAGAGGCGCUGGACCCGGCGGCGAAGGUAUGGGCGGUUCCGCUGCGAUCAACAAGCCAGACGGCACAAAUGAUUGAAGGGUUGCUGGUUGUUCGAAGUUUUAGUGACAAUGGUGUAUUUUGCCGCGUGGGCGCUUUUCAGAUUCCUACGGGAAAGCCAAGAAGCGAUAUUGAUAUUGCGGCGUGGUUGGCUGUGAAGCGACAGGUUAUCACAAUAGUAUAG